GGCGUCACUUCCGUCUGAGCCUGCCGCUGGCCACCCCGCCCACAGCAGUGAUUAUUGUGUCAGGUGGAGAAACACGGUCCGAUUUAGACCCAUAAACCCCACGUCUGGAUAAAGUAUUGGAACAAAGGACAAAGGCGAGUCUGGAGCGCGCCUCGAAGAAGCGCGGUCCGGUUUGGAGAGGCCGACGAGCAGGUCCUUCCAGCGGGCGUUAAUCCGCUAGGAAAGACGGAAGGGGGGGAAAGUUUGCUUCAUCCUCCUUUCCAAGCUCUGGCGUCGGUCAUGUUCAGAUAAGAGACCUGACUCCGUGGCGUCCACAAUGCGAAAGCGCCUGGACAAGAUCCGAUUUCGGGGCCAGAGAAGGGACGAAUUCUUGGAUCUGGCCGAGUCGCCUAAUACGUCAGACACCGAGUGUGGUGACGAGGUUUUGAUUAAACCUCAGGUUUCCCCCAGAGAGACAGAAGAAUUGAGGGAUGUGGAGGGAGAGCAGCAGAGUGAGCCUCAGGCUGGACCAGGACUAUGUUCUGGAGCUCUUCCAGAUGAUCCAAGGACAGACUUAAAUGAGGUCAAAGGUCACUUAGAAAUUGCCUUGUUAGAGAAACAUUUCUUACAGGAGGAGCUGAGGAAACUGAAAGAGGAGUCUAAUGUGGAUUCCCUGAAACAAGAGCUGGAGAAGGAGCGCUGCAGACGCAUCGAGCUGGAGCAGAAGAUCAAUGAUGCCCUGAGAUCCAGACUUGAGGACUCACCUUCUCAGACUCCUAAAUCCCCUCCUCCCCCUCCACCUCCUGGAAUCAGUACAGACAAACAGAAGGACACUCUGUCAGACAGUUUCCUGAAAUGGCUUUACGACCGCUUUGGCGUUUAUAUCGAAGACUUCCGCUUCCAACCAGAAGAGAGGACGGUGGAGACGGAAGAGCCGCUUAGUGCCAAGAGGUUGACUGAAAACAUGAGACGGCUCAAACGUGGAUUCAGACCUGUGACUAACUUCAUGAGAAACCUCUCUGCCUUGUCCAGCUGGUACUCUGUCUACACAUCGGGCAUCGCCUUCAUUGUCUACAUGUCUGCAGCGUGGCGCGGCUGGGCUGUCCCCAUGUUCCUGUUUCUCGCCAUCCUCCGCCUCUCCUUGAAUUACCUCAUUUCCAAAGGCUGGAGGAUCCAAUGGAGCAUUGUUCCUGAAAUCUCAGAGCCAAUGGAGCCUCCUAAAGAAGAUCUUACAGUGUCUGAGAAGUUCCAGCUGGUUCUGGAUGUCGCUCAGAAAGCUCAGAAUCUGUUUGGCAAGAUGGCCAAUAUCCUGGAGAAAAUAAAGAAUCUGUUCAUGUGGGUUCAGCCGGAGUUGACUCAGAAGCUGUACAUUGGUCUGUGGGUGGCCUUCAUCUCCUCAUGCCUGCUGCCGUACAAACUCCUGGGAUUCAUCAUAGGCGUGUAUGCAGGUAUCAAGUUCUUCAUCAUCGACUUCAUCUUUAAGAGCUGUCCCAAGCUGAGGCAGCGCUACGACACCCCCUACAUCAUCUGGACCAAUUUACCCACUGACCUGCAGCUGAAGGAGCGCAGCAACACCACGCUCAGCAGACGGGUUCCUGCAUCGGGGGGCAGAAGCAGCGUCACUGCAGCAGCUCCUGUGGGUGUCAGCCGCGAUGAGGAUGGUGGACGAUACUACAGCACCAAGAGAGGAGCUUUCCACGAGGUGUUCAGCCUGCCAGAGAGUGAGCGACCUCUGACAGUGUGUGAGAACGGCUGGCGCUGCUGCCUCAUCAACAGAGACAGAAAGACACCAACAGACUACAUCCGCAAUGGAGUCCUCUACGUCACCGAGAAUUAUCUGUGCUUCGAGAGCUCCAGCUCCAGGUCCGGAUCCACCAAGAGAAACAAAGUCAUCAAGCUGCUGGACAUCACUGACAUUCAGAAAUACAAAGUUUUGUCAGUGCUGCCUGGAUCUGGGAUGGGUAUCUCCAUAGCAACACCAUCCACUCAAAAGCCGAUGGUGUUCGGUGCAAUGAUGCACCGAGACGAGGCCUUCGAGGCCAUCUUCACUCAGUACAUGAAGAUUGUUACCACAGCCACCAACCCGGAAACAUAGUUACACCUUCACAGGAUGGCAGCCUUAACACAAACAGACUGUUAAGCUGAUGUCUUCUAAAGCUGCUGCCUCCCUUCUUCAGCCGCUGGUCUGUUCUUACAUGAUUUCCCUGUCAGCCAGCAGUCGAUACUAUUCGUCACUUUAAUGAUUGAUUUUUAAUGAGUUAAUUUUUUAAUCAGCAAAAUCACUGAUUUCAUGUUAGGAUCAGCCAGUCACUGUUUCUAAACAUUUUUUCUGAAAGCUCCCCCACAGCAGACCACUGCAUAUCAUGCCUCACUUCACUAGAUAUUUUUUUUUAUCUCACAAUCAAUACAAAUCUGGUUUUAAAAAGAAGAUUGGAUCAUUUCCAGCCACGUGUAUUUUCACUUUUUAGAUCACUGUCGAGUUACUGUCUAAACAUCUGCAUUGUUUAGGUGAUGUAAAGGGAGGCAUUUUUUGUUUUUUAUCAUGACAGAUGCUGUUACCAGUAAGGCCAGUCAGCUGCUGUGUCACAUGAUCUUACACUGAGAGGUUUACUACAUAAUGUGAAAUGGUUUCUCCAUUAGCAGAAGAUUUUGAUUAUAGAUGAAUGUUUUCAAUCACUUAUCAAUCAAAAAGUACAAUCAUCUAUUGAAUGAAUAGGCACAAUUCUGUUUUGUAUGAUAGUGUAACCUGAUUAUUUUUAGCUUUUUAACUGUAAAUUACAUUGAACUUGACAUUUAAAGAUAUGGUCUUGCACCCUGAGAAACUGAAAUAGAUAGCUGGAUUUUAUUUUUUUUUUAUUUACGAUUUGACAACCACUUCAUUACAUUCAGAAAGAAUUAUUGUUUGAUGCUGCAGCCACACAUCUCAGAAGGAAGUCUGGUAAACUGGUAUGAUAUUACUUUCUUUCUUGUUAUUAAUGAAAUGAGAUAAAAAUAAAGAUGUUAAAUUAUUUUUAUCUAAUCACUUGGAUGUCUUGGUACGGGUCAAAACUGAAAUAUUGACAUCAGAAAGGAAGGAAAGGAGUUGACACUGUAAAUUCAUUUUUUUAUACACAGUUUCUUUUCUACAAAUAAAUAACACUGCAGACCAGACAAAGACCUUCAUUACCACCGACAUACAGUAUAUAUUACACUGUUCAUAGAUAAACAUGUUUAAUUCUCGUUGAUGUCUUCAGGGAACUGUAAAAAUGAUAUUAUUUGACUGUGUGUUGUACUGCAACUAAGCCUUACAAUCAAUUGAUAUUUUUGUGUGAUGGAAGUCUUCUGUAUUGUAUGUAAUUCAAUAUGAACGUUUAACAACUAUUUGUGUUAUUUAUUUAAUUCAGUUUAAACCAUAAAAGUUAGCUCAUCUGUUAGAACUACAAGAACCAAGCUGACCAAACAGAUGCUUAUAAAAGUUUUGUUUUAUCAGUUUAUGCUUUUUGUGCAGUUGUCUUCUGUCAUUAAUACGCGCUGAGAACAAAGCGUAAUGUAUGCUGACUUUUUUUUGUCCCAAAUUUAACAUUCACUUAGCUUAAUAGGCUAACUAAACUAAUCGACUGAAGCAACAUAAGAUUAAACCACAAAUUCAAACAGAAUUGUAUUUUUCUUUUUUUUUUCUUUUUUUUUUGCUAUUAAUGCGUCAGCAGUAUAAAAAAAAUAUGAAUAAAGCUUUAGACUUAGGUCAGUACACUAAAUAUUGAUCUAAAUAAUAUGCUUUUCUCUGACCUUAAAAAAAUUCGAUAACUGCUUUGUGAACUUCAGAGGAAUAUGUCGGUCACUGCAGCAUUUGUUAUAUUUCUGUCUUAUCAAAUAUUCUUGAAUAAAAUUAUUUACUAUGGUUUCUGAACAACAGUACUGCCCACUAAAUAAACACACAAUCCUUAAGAUAAAUUAAGCUAAUUUCAGAACAAAUAUUCUGGGAAACUGCUCAGAAGCUGCACAGUUCCACUAAAUCACUCAAAGCUUCUUUUUCUCUUUGCAUAGAAACUUUUGACUGUUCUUAUUUUAUAACAUUGGUGCCAAUUGCUCACACCAUGUUGCCUCUUUCUGAAUGGUUUUAUGUGUUUGCUGACAUCCUCCUUUGCUUCAGCUCCUUUUGUCUGUAGUUUCUCAGGUUUCAUUGUUCUCAUGUUUACGUCAUAUUCGUGAGCAUUUCUCUGCCGACCUGUAGUGUGUUUUGGAUUUAAGGGUUUUAUAACAUGGUGUUAUUGUACAAACAUGUUUUAUAAUGGUAUUAUGUGUGUUGGUAAAAUGUGCUGUAGAUUCUUCUUUUUUAAAUAAAUCUAAGUAAAAUCAAA